GAAAAAUGUUUGCCCCAAAUCAUUAUUCGGUGGGUUUAGAUUCAGGUUCCCGCUGAACUCGUUUAGACUUCGGAAUCAGUACAAAAUCAAUUCCCCAAAUUUUGAUUCUCGCCAACACUCUUAUCGUGUAAUCCCCAAAUUCGAAACCCUAGGUUUCAGAAAAAAAAAAUCGCAAAUGUCAUCGUCGUCGGGAAGGACUUCCGUCGCUGCGGGAGAUUUGCAGAUGGUUCCGGUGGCGGAGAGGGCUCCGCCCGGUCUCCCGCCGCGUCAUCCGCUGACAGUUCCUCCUAUUUCUGCUUCAUCUUCGGCUCUAGUUGAGUACAAAGCGCCUGCCGCCAACCCCGAAGACGAGGACCUUGAAAUUAAGCUCCGGCGCAUUCUGGAAUGCGUCCCGGUUCGCGUCAGCAACACCUCCGGCAGUUCCGCCGGUUCCGGCUCUGGUGACUUCCAUCAGUAUCGUCAAAUGAGACGGAAAGAACAAGAUCGGCUAGCAAGAAUGGAUGUUGACUUCCUGAAAAGGAAAGAAGCAACUGAAUUUGCCCAGAGAAGGGAUGAAAGAUUAAAAGCUGCAGAGGAGCGUACAGCAAAAAAGAGGUUGAAACGUCAGAAGAAGAAACAAAGGAAGAAAGGAAAGAAGAGCGAACCAGAUGGAGUUGUCGGUGACGAGCAUCAGAAGGAACAAUCUUCAGAUGAGGAUGGAGAUUCAGACAAUUACUAAAAUCUCCAGGUUGUGUGUAGUUUACACAAAUGUCAUGUUUGUUUUGAACAGUAGAUUCGAGGAAAUAUUAACUAGUGUUUGGUUUAGAGUCAUUAUCAUCGUAUCUAUCAAAUGGCAAAUGCAUUGUCUUUUCGAUUUGGUGAAUUUUUUGUAUCCUCUCAAAUCUGCACUUAAUUCGUGCAUGUUCCGUUGCGUUUAUUAGUAAUAUACUGGUGAAUUGGUUCCAAAUUAUGUGUUGCGCUCUUUUUAAUAUGUUUUCUUUCUUCUU